CACUGCAAGGCAGAGGUCCCAAGUUCCCUUCACCCUCCCCAGUAUAGUAGGUGGAGAAGGGGGGGAGGAUGGGGUGGGCUCCAUGAGCCGCACUUUAACAGUAAAAGAACCGCAUGUGGCUUACGAGCCACAGGUUGGCCACCCCUGCUCUAUAUCCUCAGAUAUAGUGCUCACAAUGCUUGAGGGGCACAGGUGCAGCCCCAACAGAUGCUGCUGUUCAAAGGGUUAUUAUCUAAGCACCAGGAGUAGAGUCUGUAUGGACACCCCUCAAAAAACCACCUUCCUUACUGUAAGGUAAGUAACCAUAUUUAUGUUUGUAUAACCUAUGCCCGGCUAAGUGGGGCAACAGUGAAGUGUUUUUAAAAACAUCUUUGUUUUAUCAUCCUGGUGCUAGGUGCUCGUGGGCAUGUUAUCUGCACAAUAGAUAAUGCAAGCUAAAGGUUAAUUUUAUUAUCUCUGCUCUAGCAUAAAUAGCAUAAAGCAACUGUUCUCUCAAGCAGGUUAGCAAAAAUGGAUCUAGGUUGUAAGGCAGUGUUAAUUUUUCUUGUCUUUUCUCCUUGUUGUGGGGUAGACUGGAAACUAGUUCAGGAUUUUAUUGCCAUUGCUGGUCCCCUAAACAACGAGUUAGUAAGCAAUUUAAAUCUUCAGAACAAGCUCUUAGGCAAAGAAGCUCUUAAUAGUGUAGUGGAUGAAGGACAUAAUAGUUUGUGCCACCAGCCUUUUUUGGCUUCUCUGCCACAGUACUUCUCCUACCUUCAUGCAAGUGGUGUUACGCAUUAUAAAAUUUUUAUGCCAUGGAUACACAUCCUACCAGAGGGGAAUGCCAAGAAUCCGGAAGAGGCUACAGUUCAGUGCUAUAGACAACUUCUUGAGUCUCUUACUGCUGCAAACCUUAAGCCAGUGAUAAUUCUGCAACAUAAGCAUUUGCCUGGGGUUGUGAUCACGCAGUCCAAACUUGGGAAGCACAGGACCUUUGCUGACCUCUUUGUGGAAUAUGCUGAAUUUAACUUCCGUUCUUUUGGUGAUAUGGUUGACAUGUGGCUCACUUUUAGCGACUUGCCUGAGAUCAUUGAGAGUCUGCCGUAUGAUGACCCACAGACCUCUCUCCAGAUUCUAGCUGCUGCGCAUGAAAAAGCUUAUAAAAUCUACCAUGAAAAAUAUUCUUCAAAAGAUGGAAAACUGUCCAUUGCACUGGAAAUUGAUCAUGUCUUUGGGAGUGCAGCAUUGGAAUCUUUUUUAGCCUCUCUUAGGGACUCUGUCGAUUUUCUCUCCCUCAGCCUGCAAUACAACUGUAGAAAGGAAGUAGACUUGAAAAGGAAGUUGAAUGAGUUACAGACUAUCAAGGAGAAUACAAAAGUUUUACUCUUUGAUCUAAAACUUCAUGAAUGUAACUCCAUGAAAGAGAAUCCAUUUAUAACAGUAGCUAGCAUUUUCCAGGCAAUUAAUCAAUACAAGGUCUUGACAAUGGGAUAUGAUGUUAAUGAAUUCUUAAACUACUCAUCAGUUCAUAAAAUUAGUCCCCAUAUAGCUAAUACGACUAUCCAAAAAAGACUACAAGAGGGCCCGGCUGCUGCUCUUGCUCCUCUCUCCUCCUAUCAAACAGUUUGGGAAACUUUUGCUAACCAGUCUGAAUUGGAGAGAGACACUUUUGUGCAUGAUGUUUUCCCAAGUGGUUUCCUCUGGGGCACAUCCACUGGUUCCUUUAACGUUGAAGGAGGCUGGGCCGAGGAUGGAAAAGGAGAGAGUAUUUGGGACUGGUUUGGGCAGCAAGGUCAUGUCCACAUGAAUCAGACCGCAAAUGUGGCGUGUGACAGUUAUCACAAAAUUGACUAUGAUGUUUACCUGCUCAGGGGUCUUCAGUCGAAGCUGUAUAAGUUUUCUAUAUCCUGGGCCAGGAUUUUUCCCACUGGCAUUAGAAACAGCUUCAGCCCCCAAGGUGUAAAUUACUACAAUAAAUUGAUAAACCGCUUACUGGAAUCUAAUAUUGAGCCCAUGGUGACCUUGUUCCACUGGGACCUCCCACAAACACUGCAAGAUCUCGGUGGAUGGCAGAAUGAAAGCAUUAUUGAUACUUUUGCAGACUAUGCAGACUUCUGCUUUGCCACCUUUGGGGAUCGGGUUAAAUUUUGGAUUACCUUCCAUGAACCUUGGGUCAUUAGCUACGCUGGCUAUGGCACUGGACAGCAUCCCCCGGGAAUCACUGAUCCAGGAGUAGCAUCUUAUAAGGUGGCUCACUCAAUUAUUAAGGCGCAUGCAAAAGCCUGGCACUUAUAUGAUGACCGAUAUCGUUCCCAACAGCAUGGUAAGGUGGGAAUUGUGUUGAAUUCAGAUUGGGCUGAACCCAAGACCCCAACAAGUUCUGAGGAUGUGAAGGCAGCUGAGCGCUACAUGCAUUUCAUGCUAGGCUGGUUUGCUCACCCUAUAUUUGUUAAUGGAGACUAUCCAGAUAUCCUGAAGUCCCAGAUCCAACAGAAGAACCAGCAGUGCUCUAUCCCAGUUGCCAUCCUCCCUUCAUUUAGUGAGGAAGAGAAGUCCAUAGUGAAAGGAACUGCAGAUUUCUUUGGUCUUUCUCAUUACACUUCCAGACUGAUCAGCACUGCGGUUAAUGACACCUGUAUUCCAGCCUAUGAGAAUGUUGUGAACUUUUCCCAACAUGUUGAUCCUUCUUGGCCACAGACUGCCUCAUCUUGGAUCAGAGUGGUCCCUUGGGGGCUGAGAAGGCUGUUGAAGUUUGUUUCCCAGGAAUAUACAGGGACUAGGAUCCCAAUUUACAUAGCAGGGAAUGGUGUGCCCACAGAAGAUGGAGGGGAUGUUAUUAAUGACACGAAGAGAAUGGAUUAUUUCAGGCUGUACAUCAACGAGGCUCUGAAAGCUAUAAAGCUAGAUGCAGUUGAUGUUCAGACAUAUAUUGCCCGAUCCCUGAUUGAUGGCUUUGAAGGACCAAUGGGUUACAGUCAACUAUUUGGACUACAUCACGUGAAUUUUGAAGAUGGCAACAGACAAAGGACACCAAAGGAGUCAGCAUAUUUCUUCUCCAGUGUUAUUGAAAAGAAUGGUUUCCCCAAAGAAGUCAUGGACAGAUCUCUUCAGUCACUGACGUGUGAUUCGCCCCCACCACCAAAGUUACUCAGUUUACCAGCGUCUGAUGUACCUUCAAAGGCAAAAGUUGUUUGGGAAAAAUUCUCACCCCAAACUAAGUUUGAAAGGGACAUGUACUUCUAUGGAACCUUCCCAGAUGAUUUUACAUGGGGUGUGUCCUCCUCUGCCUACCAGAUUGAAGGAGGUUGGGAUGAGGAUGGCAAAGGGCCUAGCAUUUGGGAUAACUUCACCCACAUCCCAGGGAAAGUAAACAAUAAUGAGACUGGAGAUAUAGCUUGUGAUAGCUAUAACAAACUAGCUGCAGAUCUUUACAUGCUGACAGCUUUAAGGGUAAAGAGCUAUCGCUUCUCUCUGUCUUGGCCUCGCAUUUUUCCUAGUGGAAGAAAUGAUUCCAUAAAUAGCCAUGGGGUUGAUUAUUACAACCGACUUAUCAAUGGUUUGACUGCAAGAAAUAUCACUCCUAUGGUCACUCUGUACCACUGGGAUCUGCCUCAGGCUCUCCAGGACAUUGGUGGCUGGGAGAACGAUUUAUUGAUUGAACUUUUUGAUAGUUUUGCAGACUUCUGUUUCCAGACUUUUGGAGACAGAGUGAAAUUUUGGAUGACCUUUAAUGAACCCUUCGUCAUUGCAUGGGCUGGAUAUGGGUUAGGAGAAUUUCCACCAAAUGUGAAGGAUAAUCCAGGUCACACUCCCUAUAAGAUUACACACACGUUACUAAAAGCUCACGCCAGGGUUUACCAUACGUAUGACCGUAAAUAUAGAGUCAGUCAGAAAGGGGUUAUUUCUUUGAGCCUCAGUGUUGAGUGGGUUGAACCAAAGACACUGGAUGAUCCCAGAGAUGUGGAAGCAGCAGAUCGCUAUCUGCAGUUUAGGCUAGGGUGGUUCGCACACCCAAUUUUCAAAAAUGGGGACUACCCAGAGGUCAUGAAAUGGACAGUAGGGAACAGGAGUGAGCUACAGAACUUGCCAUCAUCCCGUCUGCCAGCUUUCACGGCAGAGGAGAGAGAAUACAUCAGGGGCACAGCCGAUGUCUUCUGUUUCAACACCUACACCUCCAAAAUUAUAAAGCAUAAGACCACCAGGCUAAAACCAUUCUCUUAUGAGGAUGACCAGGAGCGAUUGGAGGAGGUUGAUUCAUCCUGGCCUACCUCAGCAAUUUCAGAAAUGAGAGCUGUAGCCUGGGGUCUCAGGAGGCUGCUGAAUUGGAUUAAAGAGGAAUAUGGCAAUCCCCCAAUUUACGUAACUGAAAAUGGGGUGGGAACACAGACCAAAUCUGACGUUGAUGACACGAACCGGAUAUUUUACUACAAAACAUACAUCAAUGAAGCUCUGAAAGCCUACAAGUUGGAUGGCGUUAAUCUUCGAGGAUACAUUGCUUGGUCUCUCAUGGACAACUUUGAAUGGUUGCAUGGUUACAGUGCCAGGUUUGGACUGCACCAAGUUGAUUUUGAAAAUCCCAACAGGCCAAGGACCCCCAAACGCUCUGCUGUGUACUAUGCUGAAGUCAUACGUAACAACGGGAUCCCAUUACCAAAAGAGGAUGAGUUUUUAUAUGGGGAAUUUCCAAAGAAUUUUUCAUGGAGCGUAGCAACCGCAGCAUAUCAGAUUGAAGGAGCCUGGAGAGCAGAUGGGAAAGGACUUAGCAUUUGGGACCAGUUUGCUCAUACUCCCUUGAAAAUUAGCAAUGAUGAAAAUGCAGAUGUAGCUUGUGACAGCUACCACAAGCUUGAGAAGGACUUGGCUAGUCUGAAAGCUCUCCAAGUGUCUCACUAUCGCUUUUCAAUUUCCUGGCCCCGUGUUCUCCCAGAUGGAACUACAAAGCGUGUAAAUGAAGCUGGAUUAAACUACUAUGAGAGGCUUAUUGAUGCUCUCCUUGCAUCUAAUAUUAAACCUCAGGUAACUAUUUACCACUGGGACCUCCCUCAGGCCCUGCAGAAUGUUGGCGGUUGGGAGAAUGAAACUAUAGUUCAGAGAUUUAAAGAAUAUGCUGAGUUACUUUUCCAGAGGCUGGGAGAUAAAGUGAAAUUUUGGAUAACCCUCAAUGAACCCUAUAUAAUCGCAAAUCUUGGCUAUGGCUAUGGCACAUCUGCUCCAGGAAUCUUUGCUAGACCAGGUAGAGCUCCUUACAUAGUAGGGCAUAACUUAAUAAAGGCCCAUGCUGAAGUCUGGCAUCUGUACAAUGAAACCUACCGUCCUAAACAAGGAGGAUUAAUCUCCAUUACCAUUAACUCUGACUGGGCUGAGCCAAGAAACCCUGACAAGCAGGAAGAUAUUGACGCUGCGAAGCGAUAUGUGCAGUUUUAUGGUGGUUGGUUUGCUCAUCCCAUUUUCAAAAACGGCGAUUACAAUGAAGUGAUGAAAACGAGGAUAUGGGAGCGCAGCCUGGCUCAAGGGCUGAGCAAAUCACGACUCCCAGAAUUUACCGAAAGUGAAAAGCAGAGAAUUAAAGGCACAUUUGAUUUCUUUGGUUUCAAUCAUUAUACCACAAUAUUGGCAUACAACUUAAACUACGCUUCUGCCAUCUCAUCCUACGACGCUGAUAGGGGGGUAGCUUCAGUAACAGACCGGAGCUGGCUGGGCUCUGGUUCCUUCUGGCUAAAGGUGACCCCCUUUGGCUUCAGAAAGAUCCUGAGGUGGAUAAAAGAGGAGUAUGAUAACCCUCCAAUUUACGUUACUGAGAAUGGGAUUUCUGAACGUGGAGACCUUGGCCUCAAUGACACUUGGCGAAUACACUACUACAAGAGUUACAUUAAUGAAGCAUUAAAAGCUGUUGUACUUGAUGGUGUUGAUCUCCGAGGCUACACUGCAUGGUCUUUGAUGGACAACUUUGAAUGGGCAACAGGCUUUGCUGAAAAAUUUGGUUUGUAUUACAUCAACUACACCGAUCCCAAUCUGCCCAGGAUUCCCAGAGAAUCUUCAAAAUAUUAUUCAUCAAUCAUACUAUGUAAUGGUUUCCCAGACCCAGCAAAUGGACCACAUUUGUGUCUCCAGCCACAGCCUGAAGGUACUACUGCACCAACUGCUAGCACAAUGGGGUCUAUGCACAGUGCGUCCAGUGGGAAAGUACAAUUUUUGGGAUUAGGUUUAACUUCACUGAAUGCAGAAAUAGGACUCUAUGUGUUAUUUGCUUUUGCUCUAAUUGGUGUGUUAGGACUUGUGCUUUUUUCAUACAAAUAUGGCAAGUUAUCCAAAAGAGUGAAUAAACCAUCAGGAUAGUUAAGUAAAAUAUACAUUUUUGCAGUGUGUGCGUGCGCAACAUAAGAUGUUCCCUUCUUUAAAGUCUUAAGGACCAGACACACAAUACCACCUGUAGUUGUUAGCUACUGUUAAGAGGGUCUUUCAUCUGUUGUCCCUAGCUUACAUUAACUUAAUUUAAAAAAAGCUAACCAAUUAGCACUUAUAGUAUAACUAUUUAUGUACACCUAUUUUUAAAUCAAAACUAAGUAUUGGCAAGCUGUUCACCAUUUUUGAUCUAAUUAAAGAACUUAAGGAGAUCUCUUCUUGAGCCAAUUUAAGGCAAAUGCUAGUUAGUACUAUAAAUGACUGACUAGUACAACAUUCCAAAAAGAUGACACCUGACAGCUUUUGUUGUUUCUAAAUGUAUAAGAUCACUGGUCUUGAGCAUCUGUCCCCCUCAUCCUGGAUGUAAGUCAUCCUUGUUUAGAGGAAGACACUGCUGCUGACAUUUGCUAGUGUUAAGCAACACAAGCUACUCCCUCACAAGCCUAGCAUACUUCCCCUUGUAUGCAACUAUUUUGAUUUAGCAUUACAGCAUUUGAUCAUGUCUAUAAAAGGUCUUCAAAAUGAACUCUAUAUCCAGUUUGAUUUACACUGUGUAAAAUUUUAAAGACAAGCACAAACUAUUACAAAAUUGGAAUG